AUGCCGUCCAUGGUCCACAUAAAAUCAUUUGGCUAUACGGGGCGCCGCGUCCUCGUCGAUCGCGUCCACUCGAUAGUCUCAAAUCGUGUGCAAAAGGAUGAUGAACAAUACUUAGUGCGGUGGAACACCGAUAAUGCGUCGGAUCAAGCGCCGCUAAGCUGGCAUUCGAUCAAAGAGCUUUUGCGAUGCCUUGAGCAUGUGCAAGAUUACCUCGAAGUGAGAGAGAAGUCUAUGGGAUCACUUGAACAGCUGCAACCUAUAACAAAAAAGCGCAAAACACCAGACAGUGGGCUGGAGUAUGAACGCCGCUCUUCACCAUUUGAUUCUCACCUUUACCACGCAAACCAUGGAGGUCAGACGCCGUCGUUCUCUCAGUCUCCGACAGCAACACCUCCACCAUCUCCACCCGAUUUCUAUAACGGCGUCAUGGAUGUCAACAAGCAUGGGUACAUCUUUUGUCGUAUGUCUACAGGACCAGAUGUACCACCACGGCUUGACACCCACACUGUCCCAACGCAAGAGAUGAAGCAAACCGCACAAAGAUCUAGUGUUGAGAAAGCACUGGCCUAUAUUCGUAACGAGUAUGUCUUCCGACUAUCCAAAGUCACAGGCCACAAGCCCAUCAAACUAGUCAACCUCGUAGAUUCCUCUACUCCCUCCCUCCGCUUCCGCUACAUAUCCGAAAACAUCCUCCAACCAGGCGUUAUCCGCGCCUCCCCCGAGACCCAAACCGGCUGCCAGUCAUGCUCUCCACACAUGGGCCGUGACAUUGGCUGUGAAUAUACUCGAAAAUGCGAUUGUCUCGAGUACGCGCCCGUCGACGAAUCGCGCCUCGACUCCGCGCAGAAACUACAGUACCAACAUGCUCUGAAGAAGGGACUCUCCACCAUGGGGCUCCCCAAAAAAUUCCCUUACUACGCCGUGGGCACAAGUACGGGCUGCCUAGUCCCCUUCUACCUCAAGUCGCGCAGCCCCAUCUACGAAUGCAACGACAAGUGCAACUGCGGGCCCCACUGCCGCAACAAAAACGUCCAGUUUGGACGCCGGGUCGAAGUCGAAAUCUUCCGCGCUACUGACGGCCGCGGCUGGGGCCUGCGCUGCACCGAGGACCUACACGAGGGUCAGUUCAUCGAUACGUACCGUGGCGAGAUCAUCACCGACGCCGAAGCAGAGCGCCGCGAGAAUGCUUCCUCUUCCAAAGCAAAAGCUUCGUACCUGUAUUCCCUCGACAAAUUCAAGGAGUCAGAGGGCCUCGAGGACAAGGAUAUGUAUGUUAUCGAUGGAGAGUUCAUGGGGGGACCCACCAAGUUUAUCAAUCAUUCUUGCGACCCUAAUUGUCGACAGUAUACCGUUAGCUACAAUCGCCAUGAUCCCAGGGUUUACGAUAUUGCGUUUUUCGCCUCCAGGUUUAUUCCGAGCGGAGAGGAACUCACGUUUGAUUAUCUGGACAAGGAUGAGGAUGAGGGCGAGGACGACAUGGAUGAGCCGGGCGAGGGCGCCAUUCCGUGUCUUUGUGGGACGAAGAAGUGUAGGAAGUGGUUGUGGACGUGA